AUGGCGAAAAUCAUCAGCCUUUUUAUUAUUGUUCUUGUUCUACAAGUGACCAGGGCAGAUUUGGAUUCCAUAUUCAAAUCAUUCCUCGCAUCAGUGGCGUCGACAGGUUUAUCAACAAAAACAGAUGAUGCUGUUAAAAGUCUUUAUACAUUAUACAAAACGGAAUUCGGUCGAAUUUCAUUACUACCAGGUGAAAACGAUCUUCGUCUUGCCUCGUUCAAGAAUACACUCAGUGCCAUUAUUGAGAAUUAUCGACAAACAGAUGCCACGUACACUCUGGGAUUGACCAGUUUAGCUGAUUGGACUAUUGAUGAAUUGAAUGUACUACGUAGUGGAAUUAACUUACCACAAGGUGUUAUCAAUUCGACAAAUGCCAAGCCAAGUGAUAUUUUAUUGACAUGGGAUGGUAAAACAUUGAGCAAACGGAGUACUCUACCAACAUCGUAUGAUUUCACACAACGGGUUGUCAGUGGAACGAAUAUACCUGUUGUAUUACCAAUCAGAAAUCAAGGCAGUUGUGGCUCUUGUUACGCAUUCGCUUUUAUUUCCUUACUUGAAUUUCAAUAUGCUGUUCAGUUCAAGAGCAACAGUGACUUAAGUGAACAACAGAUCGUCGAUUGUUCAACCAGAGAUUCGGGUUGUAAUGGUGGUUAUUUCACUAACUCGUUCAGCUAUCUCCAAACGAAUCUUUGGCAGGAAAAAAGCGAAUCAGUCUAUCCCUACAAAGCCAGAGCUAGUAAAUGUGCCUUCUCAAGCGCAGGUGCAGGAGCACGAUUUCCAACACUCGUAUACAAGAGUGUGGCAGCAAACAAUGCUGCUGCUAUGCAACAAGCUUUGGUCAGCUACGGACCUUUGUGGGUGUCGCUUUUCGUCGGAAAUCAAGCAACACAAGCAUACAAAACAAUAUCGACGAAUUUCAAUGCUUAUCAAAAAGGUGUUUUUCAACCAACUGGAUGUCCAACAUCUCUGAGUUCAACAAAUCAUGCCGUUGUCAUUGUUGGUUAUGGGGUUGAUGCAACGACGAAUUUACCGUACUGGAAAGUGCGAAACAGCUGGGGAACGAAUUGGGGANGCCGGACACAACACGUUCUCCCAGAAAUUCAAAAUGACUCAAACGAGAAAUUCGGUUUAUCCCAAUUGGAUUUAGUCAAACACGCGUUGAAGACCAUCAUACACUCAUUGCUACCACAAGAUCGACUAUCAGUUGUUUCAUUUGCCAACAAUGCAACAGUUCUCUUUCAACUGACUAAAAUGGAUGAAGAUGGAAAAUCAAGUGCUUUAGCAUCUUUGGCAAGAUUAGACGAUAAUGGCCAAACAAAUCUGUGGGACGGUCUUCGAGCCGGUCUUGAUGUUUUGACCAAAGGUCAACGAGCAACUGGGGCUAAUGCAGCUCUUUUUCUUCUCACGGAUGGUUGUCCGAAUAUAGAGCCACCACGCGGUCAUUUGCCAACAUUAGAAAAACUGAAGAAAAAGACAAAUUUUACUUGCACUGUGAACACAUUCGGUUUCGGAUAUGACUUAGACAGCAAGCUGCUCGAAGAUAUUGCCAUCCUGGGAAAUGCUGGCUCAUACGCAUUUAUCCCGGAUGGAUCAUUUGUCGGGACCAUUUUCGUUAACGCUGUUACUACAUUACUAGCAACUGUCGCAACAAAUGUUCAUGUAUGUGUCGACGGGCGACGUAUUGAAUCGUCGGAUUAUACACGAUGGUAUUCAACGGAAAGUACAGACAAAGGUACAACUUUUGACAUGGGUUUGAUCACAUUUGGCCAAAGCAAGGAUUUACUUAUUCCGCUGUCUCCAGAAUUAUUGCGUCGUUGCAAAUUCUCCAUCGUCUAUGAUACAUUGCAAGAGAAACGAAAAGUAGCGAAGAUCAAUAUUAAUGAAAAUCAUAACCCAGAUGCUCUCCAUCGAAUAAAUCAACAAACAUUUCGCCUUCAAUUGGUUCAUAGCGUACGCACUGUAUUCGAAGAAAUGCGUAAAUUGCAGAAAAAUUCUACUGCUGGAAGAGAAUCUCUAGAUGCAGCGUUGAAUCAAUUGAAAUCGUUAGAAAAUGAAAUGAGAACGUGUGCGGAUCGCGAUGAUGAAUAUGUCAAAGAUUUAUUAGCGGAUUUAACAGGACAAGUUCAAGAAGCGAUUUCGCGCGAUGAUUGGUUUGCGAAAUGGGGUGUUCAUUUUUUGCCUAGUUUAACUCGUGCGCAUCUUCUUCAGUAUUGUAACAAUUUUAAAGACCCUGGUGUGCAACACUACGGUCGAGGUGCACUCUUCUCAGAAAUUCGCGAUGAUAUGGACUCGAUUUUCUGUGGCCUCCCCGCUCCAAAACCUUCGCAACAAACAGGUGCUCAAAUUGACAUGUCAGUUUACAACAAUCCAUCCGGUGGAUGCUUCCAUGGCUCAUGUACAGUGCGUUUGAUGAAUGGUACAACAAAACUUGUACAAAAUGUUCAGCCAGGUGAUUGUAUGGCACCUCAUGGUGGAAAAGUCACUUAUGUUGUGAAAACGAAAUGUCAUAAUGGAAAAACUUCAAUGGUUUCAUUAGACAACGGCCUCUUGAUCACUGCUUGGCAUCCGAUUCGUCUUGAUAAUCAAUGGCUAAUGCCAUGUUCGCUUGUGUCUAAUCCAGUUGAAAUAUGCUGUAACGAAAUUUAUAACUUUGCUCUCAAUGGAGGUCAUACGGUACUAGUUAAUAAUACUGAGUGUGUCACCUUAGGACACGGAUUUAAAGAAGAUAUUGUACGACAUGAUUACUAUGGAAGUGAGCGUGUUAUUGAGGAUUUACGUCGACUAGAUCAUGAGCAGAAUAAAUCUGGAAUUGUUGAAAUUACUGAACAAACCUUAGUGCGUCAUGGACGAACAGGAAGAGUACGUGGCUUACAACAAAUUACUAAUCAAGAACAAAUAUCAGUUCAAUAA